AUGCAUCGCAUCUCGACGCUUCGCUCGCUCGCCCGCUCCACGCUGUCCGGUGUCUCGUCGCGCCGUACGCUCGCCACAGCAGCAACCCGGGGCAACUUUGUCAAGAUCGUCGAGGUCUCUCCACGCGAUGGACUGCAGAACGAAAAGACCAUCGUGCCCACCGCCACCAAGAUUGAGCUGAUUCGACGGCUCGCCGAGACAGGUGUGCCGGUGAUCGAAGCGGGCUCGUUCGUGUCUCCAAAGUGGGUGCCUCAGAUGGGCGAUACUCCGCAGGUGGUAAGCGGUAUGCCGGUCUCCCCGUCGAUAUCCUAUCCCGUUCUCGUGCCCAACAUGCGCGGAUUGGAGGGGUUACAAAAGCUCCUAGAGACGCACAAGGGGCAGACGGACGAGAUCGCUAUCUUCACUGCCGCCUCCGAAUCCUUCUGCAAGGCCAACACCAACUGUUCCAUCGCCGAGUCGCUCACCCGGCUCGAAGAGGUUACGGCUAAGGCGAAAGCGAUGGGGUUGAAAGUUCGUGGCUACGUUAGUGUCGUUGCUGGCUGUCCAUACGAAGGCGCUGUCGAUCCUGAAGCUGUUGGGAGGGUCAGCAAGGCGCUCAAGGAUAUGGGCUGCUACGAGGUCUCCCUGGGCGACACCAUCGGUGCAGGUACCCCAUCCGUCGUCGAAGCAGCCCUCAAUGCCUCACUCAAACACACAAACGCCCCAGCAGAGUACUUCGCAGCCCACUGCCACGACACGAUGAACACGGGUCUGGCAAAUGUUCUGCACAUGGUAAGGUUGGGCGUUAGGACGGUCGAUGCGGCGGUAGGUGGGCUCGGUGGAUGUCCGUAUAGCCCAGGUGCGACUGGGAAUAUCGAUACGGAGAGUGUAGUGUUCGCGUUGCACGCAGAGGGAUACGAGACAGGGACGGACCUGAACAAGCUCGUAGACGUCGGCGAGUGGAUCAGUGGCGAGAUUGGGAGACGAAACAUGAGUAAUGCCGGCAGGGCGAUGCUGGCGCAGAGGAAGUUGAAGGCGGACAAGGCGGCCAAGGAGGGGAAGCAAAGGCUGUGA